AACUAUAACUUGUUUCUUAAAUAAAUCAAUAAUUUUCUUAUUAAAAAAUAUUUACUUUUAAAUAAUUUUUUAUAUUGAUAAAAAUAUUCAUAUUAUUUUUUUUAUGGAGGAAAUCAAUGAACUUUCAUUAUGAUAUAUUUUUUUACAUAUAUAAUUUUUUUCCUUUUAUGUCAUAAUAUUAGGUUGCUGUCAUAUUAUUGCUAUACUCACAGUAUUCACCGCGAAAUUGCUACGUAGACGAAAACAGAUUGUUGAACAUUAUCAGAAAGUGCAUUCUAGUUAAAAUGCAAUAAUAAAAAAAUUGAAUUGUUUCAAUAAAUAUAAUAUAACUGAUUAUUUAAUAUUAAAUAACAAUGAGAAAAUAAUACUUGAACAAAGUGAAUACUUUUUAUUUAUUUAAAAAACACAUCUCAAAAAAUGGAAGAAAGUACAGUUUUAUGGAUGCUUUCACUGGUAAUGUUAAUUGGUUCCUGUAUAACUGGAUCUUUACCAUUAGUCAUGAAUUUAUCUGAGGAUAAAUUACAACUGGUUUCAAUACUUGGUGCUGGACUUCUUGUAGGCACUGCACUAGCUGUAAUUAUACCUGAAGGUAUAAGAGCAUUGUUUACUGGUGGAAGUAAUAAUGAUCAAGGAGUUUAUAGUGAUCCUCAUUCUUUAAUAGGCAUUAGUUUAAUACUUGGUUUUGUAUUUAUGUUACUGAUUGAUCAGUGUUCAGCUAGAAGAAGUGGAGUGAGAGAAAGGAGUGUUACUGCUACUUUAGGUCUUGUAGUUCAUGCAGCUGCUGAUGGAGUGGCAUUAGGAGCUGCUGCAACUACAUCACAAGCUGAUGUAGAAUUAAUUGUUUUUUUAGCAAUAAUGUUACAUAAAGCACCUGCAGCAUUUGGUCUAGUAUCAUUUUUAUUACAUGAAGGAGUAGAUAGAAAAAAAAUUGGUAGACAUCUUUUAGUAUUUUCUUUAGCUGCUCCUUGUCUUGCUCUUGUAACAUAUUUUGGUAUUGGAAAGGAAGGAAAAGAAACACUUAGUAGUGUAAAUGCAACUGGAGUAGCAAUGUUAUUUAGUGCAGGUACAUUUUUAUAUGUUGCAACUGUACAUGUUUUACCAGAACUAAUGACAAGAACUAAUAGCAACUAUACUCAUCUACCAAGUGCCGAAAAUGCUGCAGUAUCAUCUUCUGGACUCAAAGUUAAAGAAAUAUUAGUUCUAGUAUUAGGCUCUUUUUUACCUGCAUUAAUUACAACUGGACAUCAUCAUUGACAAAAUGUCAUACAGAAAAUAUACCUGUUUUUUUACUAUGUGUAAUUUAAAAUGUCCCUUUCAUUAAAGAGUAUAAUAUUUUAAUAUAUUCCAUGAUUUUUUUUUUAUAAAAUCAUGAAAUAACAAUUAAAAAAUUUAUCAAUUAUGAUAUCUGUUUUAAGAGAUAUACUUUUAUGUACUGUAAAUAAUUAUAGAAAGAGCAUAUCACAAUUAUUAUAUAUUUGUAUAAAUUUAAUGAUAAAAACGUGAUAUAAAGUUAUAUAAUAUAAUGCAAAAAACAUUGUAUUCUAA